CAGAAUCAGAAGCAGGCUCCAGGCUCUGAGCUGUCAGUACAGAGCCCAAUGCGGGGCUCAAACUCACGAACUGCAAGAUCAUGACUUGAGCUGAAGUCUGACACUUAACCCAUUGAGCCACCCAGGCGCCCCCAUCUUCCAUUAUUAAGUAAAAGAAACAGUCUUAGGAGUAUUUGAUAUUUACUGAAAAAAGAAAUAAUGGACUGCAAUCUAUAAGAUUUUUAAAAUGUGGAUAAAAUUUGUUAAUUUAAAAUUACAUUCUUUACCCAUAGCAAAAUAUAAUAACAUAUCCUGUAACAGAAGAAUAUGCACAAGUUUCUUCUCUACAUAAAGAGAUUAGGAUAGUUUGCACUUCUAAUUCCCAGGCUUACUUAAGAUCACAAAUUUUCUAACCUGGUUGAUAACAGUAAUUAAAUUAUUGGGAGAAAGUUGUUUAUGAAUUAUCUGAUCCCUUACCCUAGUCUAAAUUCAUAAAAGAAGUCAGACGAGAUGAAAAUGGCUCUGAAAAUUACAAACAUAAGGAGAUUUACUAUUAAAUUAAGGCAAAAUAAGAUUUUUUUUUAAUUUAAAGGACUAUAGCGUAGCGAAGUUAUGUGAAUUCAUUUCUUACCCUUUGUAGUCGCAUGAUGUCGCUGUCUACCAUGAAGUUAAUCUAGUUGUUACAGUAUUCAAAAUUCAUUCCUCCUGUUACUGCUUGGUUCCACAAGCGCUGAGUGAUGGCAGGCGCAGAAUUGGAUUAACAGAGUCGGAUCAUACAAUAUUUCAUCUUAAUGACGAGGCAAGAUCUUCUGAUGGAAAUAAAACAAGUAUUUGACAUGGUUAUUACCCUGGAAGGACCACUGGGAUCUCGGUGUCUGCUGCUCUCGCUUCUGCUGCUCGUAGCCUGGGAGGAGGGCAGCUGCCAGGUUCAGUACUCAGUCCCGGAGGAGGCUAAACAUGGCACCUUCGUAGGCCGCAUCGCCCAGGACCUGGGGCUGGAGCUGGCGGAGCUGGUGCCGCGCCUUUUCCGAGUCGAGUCCAAAGGCCGCGGGGAUCUUCUCGAGGUAAAUCUGCAGAAUGGUAUUUUGUUUGUGAAUUCUCGGAUCGACCGCGAGGAACUGUGUGGGCGAAACGCGGAGUGCAGCAUCCACCUGGAGGUGAUCGUGGACAGGCCGCUGCAGGUUUUCCAUGUGGAAGUGGUGGUGAAGGACAUUAAUGACAACCCGCCUGUGUUUCGUUUAAAGGAACAAAGAGUGCUGAUUUACGAAUCAAGGCUGCCAGAUUCUCUGUUUCCACUAGAGGGCGCGUCAGAUGCGGAUGUUGGCUCAAAUUCUCUUUUAACCUAUAGACUCAGUUCCAGCGAAUACUUCUCCCUAGAUGUGAAAACAAACAGUGAUGACAAUACACAAAUUGGGCUCGUAUUAAAGAACUCCUUGGACAGAGAGGAAGCUCCCGAACAUAACUUAUUUCUGACAGCCACCGACGGAGGCAAACCUGAACUCACAGGCACUGUUCAGCUGCUGGUCACUGUGCUGGACGUGAAUGACAAUGCUCCCGGUUUCGAACAGACUGAAUAUGAAGUAAGAAUAUUCGAAAACUCGGCUAACGGAACAAUAGUAAUCAGACUUAAUGCUUCUGAUCGGGAUGAAGGAGUGAAUGGGGAGAUUUCAUACUCUUUUAAUAGUCUCAUUCCAACCAUGGUUAGCGACCAGUUUAAAAUAGAUCCAAAUACUGGAGAAAUAGUAAUUAGAGGGAAUUUAGAUUUUGAAAAAGUAAAUUUAUACAAAAUUCGUAUUGACGCGACGGACAAAGGCCACCCACCCAUGGCUGGUCAUUGCACCGUUUUAUUGAAGGUUUUGGAUGAAAAUGAUAAUGUCCCUCAGAUUGCAUUGACUUCUUUAUCCUUACCUGUCCGAGAGGACGCUCAGUUAGGUACUGUGAUUGCCCUCAUUAGCGUGUCAGAUCUCGACUCCGGUGCCAACGGCCAGGUGACCUGCUUUCUGACACCCCAUGUCCCCUUCAAGCUGGUGUCCACCUUCAAGAAUUACUAUUCGCUGGUGCUGGACAGCGCCCUGGACCGCGAGAGCGUGGCGGACUAUGCCCUAGUAGUGACAGCACGGGACGGGGGCUCGCCUUCGCUGUCGGCCACGGCCAGCGUGUCCGUGGAAGUGGCCGACGUGAACGACAACGCGCCGACAUUCGCGCAGGCCGAGUACACGGUGUUCGUGAAGGAGAACAACCCUCCCGGCUGCCACAUCUUCACGGUGUCC